CACAUUCUCCCACUCCUGCUCUCUGCCACCAAACUUCACCAAACCUUACCUUCCUUACCUUUACCCAUCCACUUCCACUUUCCCUGGCUUCGACGGACCCUUUUUUCUUCUUCCUUCACAUACCCGUUUCAAUACAAACAUCGACCUCCGAAUACCGUCCCGACCGUCGAUCCUCUCGUUCCCGUCCGCGUCUUCAGCUUCUUCGCAAGCUUUCAGCUCACUCAAAGUCAUUCAUUUGACUCGAGCCCGACUCUCCUUCUCAUCGUGUUCGCGCGCCUAACCGCCGUGACUCUUCCGUUAAAUAGCGUCACAUUUAAUCUAUCCCGGCAACCCGUUCCAAGAUGCCUCAGUACACCUCUCGCGAUGUCGGCGACCCUUCGCAAAUCAAGAAGAACAAGCAGUCCAUGGCUGAUCUCAAGCUCCGACGGCUAACGGAGCUGAACAACCGCCUGCGCGAGGAUCUUGAGCGAGAGCGCAUUCCCGUCAGCACAGCGUCAAAGAGCAUCAUCGCUUACUGCAACGGUACCCGAGACUACAUGGUUCCCUCCGUCUGGGGCGCCGUGCCCAAGGGCGAGGACCCCUAUGCGCCGCAACAAUCUGGUGGCUGCUGUGUGGUCAUGUAAUACCAGUCGCUGCAAUUCUUUUUCUUCACUACGGAUUACCAAAAAUCAACUACUACGCAAUGUCGACGAUGAUUCAGCGAUUGGAGGAGGGCCACAGUCAAUUUUGAUAUGUUUGUGACGCAUUUCAAGGGAGUAAAUUAAGGAGAUCUGAGUAUGGGAUACUCGGACAAUACGGGCGAAAUGGGCCCUGGAUACCGAAGCGCUGGCUAGCGACACGACAACGACAUCCACGACAGUCAUUUGGGGAAGCUGUUCGGAACAACCUGUCCCACUGACGAAGCGCCAGAAAGGGGGAGAAAGUCAGCAUCCAUACGAUCCAGUUGUACCACAGGGACCCAGAUCGAGAUACCCCAAGAUACCAUUUGAGCGGGUCACAAAAACCAACAGCGAGAGAGCAAGGGGAACUAUAGUUCAAGGUGAUUUUAAUUCUGUCUCGGCGCAUGCUUUGCUUCUUCCAGCUGGAUGGGACAUGUGCUGCCACGAGACCACAAAGGGGACGUUGAAGCACCACCAGGGGUCUGGGUCUGGGUUCGAAGAAACGGUUAACGGAUUGGGCUUUUCGCGAAUGUAAUAAUUCCCAAAUUUUUAUUAUCAUUUUUUGUUAUCAUCUAGGUACCGUUUCCAUGUCGUGUACGUUUCCAA